GCAGCAUCGCUGCAGAUGCUGGUUGUCCGAGGGAAACACCUUACUGCUGUCACACCCCUCUGCUGUCAGCAGUACGACUUCGCCCUCAGACCUUGGGUAGCUGCUUUUAGUCUCAUCGUUCUCCAAUCGACCUGUCUGGCAUGGUAGAACCUUGAGGAACAUAUGUUCCAGCCAGUAUAGCUCGGUUGGGUCAUCACGAUAGGCAAGCCCGACCACCACGUCAAGGUAUCAGCUACGGUCGGGACCAUGCCAGGCAUCAUCAUCAACAGCAACGUAGAACUUUGAACGUAAGUACACCAGUUCAAGUUGCCAUACCACAUUAGCACAGAGAUAUAAUUUUCAAUUCAAACCCCAUAGUAUUAGAGGUAGUAGAAGUAUUAGAAAUAAUCGGAGAGAUCACGGUUCUAAGAUGUUAUUCAAGAAGUAUAAUUCAGUGAGGUAAAUUUAGAAAGAGAAAGAUAGAGGUGAUGAGGAAUUCAUAAGGUUAGAAUUUCAUAGAACACGACGAGUGGACGCACCUGAGCCACUGCAAACGAUUUUGAGCCAUGUCACUCAGGGUCUCUAACCAUCGAUUAUUAUCAUCUCGCAGGCCCCAACCAGUUAGUCGAGACCUACCGACAUGACUCGGUCCACGUGUCAGUGACUUCAUGGAUUUGUGCCGUGUUUUGGUUUGGCGCCCCCAGCUUUCGUCCAAGCUAUUCCUGUAUCGCAAAAUAUAGCUCGACGUGGCAUUUGGUGGUUAGGCAUACGUAACACGUCCCACCCACCUCAACUGAUGCAGUUUCACUACUCCAUCUAUUGAUCUGCCAUCCUUACCUAGCACCCGUUUCCUAACACUAGCAUUGCUUAUUCGACUGUCCCACGAUACUCGAACAAUGCUUCGAAGACACUUAUGAUCGAAAACCAGUAACCCACGAAUGUCUUAUACUCUCGCUGGUCAUGUUUCACAGCCAUGAAGUAGGAUUAAGCGAACUACUACGCAGUACACUCCUCUUUUAGUCAGUAAACGGAUAUAUCGCCUUCGCCACAAGUGACACAGGUUGGCAAAAGACAAUCAAGCUUUCUGUAUCCUUGCUGAAAUUGCGUCAGUCACCAGGCCAUCAGCACUGAUGAGACUCCCAAGAUAAGUGAGGCGGUCUACACGUUCGACCACUUUACUCCCUAUCACUAGUUCAGGUGCCGAUGACACCCAAUCUUGAAGCAAAAUUUUGCAUUUCGAGGGGGAAAACCGCAUCCCGAACAUGCUUGCAUUGUUGCUUAGGGUAGUCAGAAGACUCUGCAUUUUGUCAGCGUCUUCACCAAGUAGGACUAUGUCAUCGGCAUAUUCUAAGUCAAUAAGCGAGCCUCUCGGUAGAAGGUCUACUGAAAAUUCAGACAACUGAGUAGGCAAUACUGUCGUUAGGAAACGAGUACUAAGUAAGGAUGGCAGAUCAAUAGAUGAAGUACUGAAUCUUCAUGAGUUGAGGUGGUUGAGACAUAUGUUACGAAUGCCUACCCACCGACCACCUUGACGAGCAAUGUUUUGUGGUGUAGGAGUAGGCUGUAAGAAAGCUAGGGGUGGUAAAACCGAAAAAUGGCAGAAAUCCUUGAAGUCACUGAUAACUGUACUACCUGGUUGGGGUCCGCGAGACGAUGGUAACCGAUGGUUAGAGACCUUGAAUGACAUGGCUCAAAACCGUUUGUAGGUGCAUCCACUCUUUGUGCUGUCUGAAAUUCUAAUCUGAAUUCCUUAUCACCUCUAUUUUUCUCUUUCUAAAUUUAUCUCACUAGAUUCUACUUCUUGAAUAAUAUCUCCUAACCCUUGUCUUCCCCGUUACCGCUAUUGCUUCUACUAUCUCUACCACUAUGUGGUUUGAACUGACAGUUGCAUCUCUGUGCAAAUGUGGUAUGGCAAUCUAAAGCGGUGUACGUACGUACGACGUUCUACGUUGUUGCUGACUGACUGAAUAGUAGACAUUUGAUAAUGAAUGUUGAUAAUAUAUGCAGUAAGAGUACUUUAUGGUUAGAUCUCCUAUGGUUGACAAUGUGGUUACAGUUAUUACAAGAUUUUUAAAAACAAUCUGAAUGUAAUGAUUGAUUAUUUUAGUGGAGAGGUUGCACAUUUUUCUAAUUUUACUCAUAGUUUCUAUUGAAGUUUAUUUUUAUGCAUUCAUACCCAGCUCCUAGUGAAGUUUAUUCUGAGGAUCAUGAAAAUGUAUUGAAGACAAAAGCAGACGAUCCAGUUGUCUCUAAAUCGUUGAAUGGCUCUGUCAUGCGACCUGUCGCUGUGUUGCCUGGAUUAAGUGAAUAUUCCACUUCAGAUUCCGACCAGUCAACAGAUUCAGAUGAUGAUGAAUCCAGCGAUGUGGAAGAUGCUGUAUGUACAUUACAGCAAAUUGCCAGUACUAGAAUACGAUAUGCUAAAACUGAUAGUGCAGCGGACAAUGAAUAA